UAACACACGGCCAAAGGAUUCUAUUCCUUCGUAGCCUAUCAUCCUGUCCCCACAAUGACUCUCAUUGUCACAAUUCCCCAUCGACUGAACUCUCUGGAUGACAAUUUAAUGGCGCUGCCUAUCAUUAAUAUGACCACACCCAUGGCAACUCAAAGAUCGAAAUGAGAUCUUGAUUCAAAACUGUCCGAAUGGAUCCCUCUUCUCCGCUUGCGAUGGGCGACACGCAACUCGGUCUUUGCUUUAAUUACUGUUAGUGCAGAUAGUGGGUUCCUCUUAUUAAAUUCUGGCCAGGGCUGAGGCUGAGAUGUGGCAUGAGUGGCUUGACGGCAUCAUAAAAGAGUAAAGGAUCAACAUGGUGUGCAACUUUCAUAUCCACGAAUGGAUCCUGAUUUAUGGAACGUUGCUUAUAAUCUGCAUCAGUAGGUUUUGGGAAAUCCUUCAGUUUUCCAUUACCACACUAAUAAUCCCUACACUCACCACACUAAAAGUGCUAAUUAAUGGGGUCCUACGUACUCUACUCCGAAGGAGACUCGGGAUCCGAAUUAAAGAAUCAGGGAACUAAAAAAGGGAAAAACCACAAAGUAGGGCUAUUCACAUGAAGAAGGCCACUAUAUUCCGGAGUCCAUAGUCGUUCUGUUAAUAUUAAGCAUUUUUUCUUAGAAUUCAGAUCCAUGAAAAUGC